AUGGCCUCCUCAGCGAUGGCCAGCGACGGCCUGCCGCGCAUCACUGUCCUCGGCUCGCUCAACAUGGACCUUGUCUCGUACGUAUCGCACCACCCCGAGCCCGGCGAGACCAUGACCUCCAACGGCUUUGCCGUAUCGCCCGGCGGCAAGGGCGCCAACCAGGCCAUUGCAUGCGCCAAGUUGUCGCGCACGCGGGCACCGGCGGCCGCCGGCGGCCAGGCGCCCCUGUCGACCACAGCGGCCACAGCGCACGUGAGCAUGGUGGGCGCGGUGGGCGACGACGCGCACGGCACGGCGCUGCGGUCGAACCUGGCGGCGCACGGCGUGGACGUGUCGGGCGUGCAGGUGGUCCAGGCGGGGGGCGUGCCCUCGGGCGUGGCGGUGAUUGUGGUGGACGAGCCGACGGGGCAGAACCGCAUCAUCUUUUCGCCAGGGGCCAACUACCAGAUUGACGACAAGGCGGGGUCGCAGUCGCUGGUGCCGGCGGGCACGCAGCUGCUGAUUCUGCAGCUGGAGAUCCCGCUGGAGCAGGUCCUGCGGGCGCUGCGCGAGGCGCGCGCGGCGGGCAUCCCGGUGCUCCUGAACCCGGCACCGGCACCGGCGACCGAGGAGGCGCGGUCGCAGCUGGAGGCGGCGUUUGCGGUGACGGUGGGCCAUCUGGGCAAGGGCCAGGGCCUGGCGCACCUCGUCCUGAACGAGACAGAGACGGCAGCGCUGGUGCCGGCGCUGACGGUGGCCGAUCUGGACACGGAGGCCUGUCUGGCCCGGGCGGCGGCCUACUUUUUGGCACUGGGCGUGGAGAAUGUGGUGAUGACGCUGGGUGGCCGGGGCGUAUACUAUGCAUCGGCGGCGUCAGCCAGCGGCGCGGGCCAGCUGCUGCCGCCGGAGAAGGUGGCCCGCGUGGUGGACACGACGGGCGCGGGCGACACGUUUGCUGGUCAGUAUGCCCUGGAGGCUGUGUACGCGACGGCGGCCGGCAAGGCGUUUGACUGCGCGGCGGCGGUGCGCAAGUCCAACCGGGCAGCCGCCAAGACGGUGCAGCGCAAGGGCGCGCAGGACUCAAUCCCGUGGCGGGACGAGGUUGAGUAG